AUGUCAUCAAGGCACGAUUACGUUAAUCCGGCUUUUUGCCAAAAAAGUGAGUUCUACAAAUCGCAAAAAUCCUUGAGUCCCCCAAGAGAAAUUCCUAGAACCUCUCAAUCUCAUCAACGUACUAAAACCGAUAUAUCUAAUAACCAUCUGCUAAAUCCGAAAACUAGCAGAUAUACAGAGGACUUACCACCUAAACCUGGUCCAAAGCCGCGAUAUGCAAUUGUGCCAACGGACAUCAGGCAAAAAGACUCCAAGCCAAAACUAACAGUGCAAAGAAACGAAAGUGUUACCAAGAGUCGCUAUGAACUAACAGAACUCGAGGAAAAUGAAGAUUCCGUAGAUGGCGAAAACGUAGCAGAUGUCGUCCACAAUGGAAGAGUUCACAGAUAUGCUAUUAUUCCAACAACUGAUGAAGCAGAACUUCGGUAUGAAAGUCUGCCGCCAAUGAGCGCCGUUACUAGAUGUAACGAGAGCAAACGAUAUGGUUCCGUGCCAACAUCGCCGGUUAAAGAAACGGUGUUGAGCAAUAUUUCUCCAGCCAGGAGACAAAUGGCUACACAGCUGCUUCAUGAACUCUUAGCUGGACCUGUUCGGAAUACUUCUGUAUGCAAAUCUGCUUCGUUUUCGGUUUCACCAAAUGGACUGCGAGGAGAGUUUGGUAGUCCUGCGCGGCAUACGAGCACCCCUAAGCAGUUUAGUGGCCAACUGCGAUCACCAAGAAGAUCUUCCCUAUCUCCGCCACGAGCUCAGCGCAGUUUGGAUUACAAUCGUUCCCCGCCUCGUCUAACUGUAGCAACCACAAAUACAAUCAGCGAUUACGAAAUGUCCUUGUUACAAAGGCUCCAAAAACAACAAACAAUUGACCAAAGGACACUGGCUGUAAUUCCGCCAAGACAAUUGGCAUCGCCCAACAGUGAUGUCACAGUAAGCGAUGUGACAACCGUCAAAAUGACCGGACCAGGAAUGAUAACGGUGGCGAUUGUAGCAGCCAUGCUUCUGAUAGCUGGCGCUUUGGAUUCCGGUCUAUGCAUGUACAUGAUGUAUACGCAUGGACGAAGUUACUACUUGGAGUUAGGACUCAUAAACGGUUUCGCUUGCGUUGCUCUUGGGGUACUCGGUAUCCGGUCAAGUCGUUCAGCGUGGCUGCCCAACCGAAACUAUAUAACAGGUUUCAUUCUACUCACGGUGCUAACAUUGUUCGCCUGCUGCGGUCUGCUGGUGCUCCUGGUUACCCAGCCUGUGGCAGGAUCUGCUCCAGCGGAUGUUACCAGUGGAGCAAUCAGUUGUCUCAGCGCUCUCGCUUUACUUCUGGUAAGCCUUGGUGUUAUUUCGACUAAUUGGUGUAAGACAACUCCAAUCGAUAACAGGGUUGAUACCACUGAUGAAGGAUACUGA